CCAAGUCAUAGUCCAACACGCAAAAAUGACGAAUCCUCGUGAGCCAGCCAGCCAGCCCUAACCAAACAGAAACCAAAACCAAACAUACAUUGACACCCGGUUCCACCAAAAAUUACUCUCUCCCUUUCUCUCUCUCUCGAUGGCAUCGGAGCAAGACGACACCGUUUACCUGGACGAAUCCCACGAGCUGGACGAGGACGAGGAGGAAUCCGAAUCGGACGAAGACCUCGAGGAGAACGACGACGUAUUGGUCCCCGAGGACGACGACGAUCCCGAGGAGGAAGAAGAACUUAAUUCUGCUUCCACGUCAUCACCACCUGCAGUCUCCGUCGCUAACGUCGUUACAACGACGACGUCUACGGUGACGCCAGUUACUUCCACAAUCUGCGCCGUAACUGUUGCCGUACCUGCCGCACUGCCGUUAACGACGAUCCCUAACGGCACCGACAAGCCGGUCAUGUCGUCGAUCGAUGAUCCGCUUCGUGAUUCGAAACGACAUCGUAUGGCGGAUUUGUCUAUAAUCGUCCAGGAGGACAAGCAAAGGCCUGUGCCUCAGCUCGACGAGUCCCGGCGGUUGUUCCAGCGAUUGUGGACCGAUGAAGACGAGAUCGAGCUCCUGCAAGGCUUUUUCGAAUAUACGACGUCGCAUCGCGGCAUCGGGAGCUCGCACCAUCCUGAUACGGCGCUGUUUUAUGAUCAGAUAAAGUCAAAGCUGCAGCUGGAUUUCAACAAGAACCAGCUCGUGGAGAAGCUUCGGCGCUUGAAGAAGAAGUAUCGGAACGUGAUGAGUAAGAUCAGCUCUGGUAAGGAUUUUUCCUUUAAAAGUCCUCAUGAUCAAGCUACCUUCGAAAUUUCUAGAAAGAUCUGGAGUAAUACUGGGAAGAUAUUAGGAUUUGAAGAUAACGUGUUAGAUUACGAAGAAACUAACAAUAAUGUUAGUAACAAUCAUAACAAUAUUAGCCAUCACCCUAACUUUGAAGUGAAAAUUGAGGAUGGUGUUGAGAGGAAAGGGGCUAGUAGGUCAAGGAAGCGGUCAAGGUCAAAAUCCAUCGGAAAGAUUGAGGAGAAGCGUAUUCCGGGUGACGGAUUCGUGUUGAAUAGCGAGAAUUUUGGGAGUGCCGGCGUCGGUGCCGGUGCCGGUACUGGAGCCACUGCCACCGCCGCCGGAGGGGGCGGUGGAAUAGGAAAUGUGGGGGUUGGGGCGAUAGAGGAGACGCUGAGAAGUUGUCUGUCGCCUGUGUUUAAGGAGAUGUUGAACGGGGCUAUGAUGAUGAUGAUGGGAGGGAUGCCCUGUGGCGGGAGGGGGAUUGGGGCAUGGAAUCCCUUGAUGCCAAUAAACUUUGGUGGUAUGGUAGGGUUUGGCGGCGGAAGUGGGUCGGAUGUGGUGGAUGAGAGGUGGAGGAAGCAGCAGAUUUUGGAGUUGGAGGUGUACUCCAGGCGGUUGGAGUUGGUGCAGGAUCAGAUUAAGGCUUCAUUACAGGAGUUGCGGUCAAUGGGAGGAGGGUGAUAAUGGUUCAUCCCGCAAGAAUUGGAGUAAGUAAUCUAUUGGGCUCUCUGGUUUAUUGAUAUAAAAAGGAUUUCUUGAUCAUUCAAUACUGUAGCCAAGAAUUUCUUCUUUUUUUUUUUUUUUUUUAUAUAUCUCUUUUCUACUUUUACUUUUUUGGGGGGUUUUAUUUAUCUUAACCUUUUAUUAAUUUGAUAGAAUAAUUAUUUAAUAAUGGCUUUCUAAUUAUUUAGUGGUUCAGUAGUAUUGUUCAUAUUCUGUAGAGACUUGAUCUGUUGUGCAGAUAAAUGGUUUGAUACUCAGUUGGAUUUCUUGUUAGAAUAAACACACUGUUCCAUUGCAA